UCAUAAAGGAUGAACGUAGUCGGGGCCGACAGCUGUUUCCUGCCAGAAGCUCUCCUCUGUAGUAGCCCUUCCAAACCAGUGGCAAGCCGGGAACACAGGCCCGGUCCUGGGGGGAGCCUGCCGUCUUCCCCAAACAGAAGCGGAGGAGAGCAGAUGCCUCUGGAAGGAGCAGGAGCCUGACGGCUGAAGUGGAACCUUCCUGGGGAAAAUGUCGUCUCUGACAGUGGGAGCCCCGGGCCGGGACAAGAGAGGAAGUUUCUUUAAGCUCAUUGACACGAUCGCCUCGGAGAUCGGAGAGCUGAAGCAGGAGAUGGUGCAGACCGAAGUCCGCCUGGAAGAUGUACGGGGAGCCCCAGGAAUGCCAAGCGCGCUGAAGGACACGGACGACGCCGGUGCGGAGAAGAAGGAUCCCAAAGCCCACCCCCGGGAUUCCGGCUACGACAGCCUCUCCAACAAGCUCAGCGUCCUGGAUCGACUUCUUCACACGCAUCCCGUUUGGCUGCAGCUCAGCCUCAGUGAGGAGGAGGCCAGGAGCACCCUUCGGACCCAGCCUCCGGGAAUCUUCCUCGUUCGGAGAGCCACCAAAAUGCAGAAGAAAGUCCUCUCACUCCGCCUGCCAGAUGAAUUUGGGGCCCCGCUCAAGGAAUUUGCCAUCAAAGAAAGCGCAUACACCUUCUCCUUAGAGGGCUCCGGGAUCAGUUUCGCCGAUUUAUUCAGACUCAUUGCUUUCUACUGCAUUAGCAGGGACGUUCUGCCUUUCACCUUGAAGUUGCCUCAUGCUGUUUUAGCAGCCAAGACCGAAGGAGAGCUGGAAGACCUGGCCCAGUUGGGACUGAAUUUUUGGAACUCUCCUGCCGACAACAAGCCACCCAGCCCGCCACCGCCUCCGCCGCCGCCGCCGCCGUCCCAACAGCCUCUCCCCUCGGACGGAGCCGGUGGGGUUUCCCGCCAGCUCUGCCUCCUGAACGGCGUCCGCGUGCUGCGGACGAGGACGCCCUCGGAGCUGGAGUGCAGCCAGAGCAACGGCGCCCUGUGCUUCAUUAACCCCCUCUUCUUGAAAGUGCACAGCCAGGACGUCCGGACCGGCCUGAAAAGGCAGAGCGCCCGGGCUCCCGGAGCGAGUGGCCGCGAGGGGCCCCGCUCCCCGCCGCCCAGGCCUCCGCCUCCGUCUAUUAAUAGCCUCCACCCGGGCCCCCCCGCGGGCAGCGUGCCCGAGACCGGCAACCGGGGCCGACGUGGGGAUGUAGGCGGGCCGGGGAAGAAACCAACCCCCGUCCCCCCUCCCCGCCUGAAGAAGCAGUCGUCGACGUCGUCGGAGGCGGACGGCUGCCCUUCCAAGGCCCCGGCGGGGACUCGGCCCGGGCCUCGCCCGGGCCCGACGCCGGGGACUCCCGGCCCGCCGGACGAGGAGCCGGCGGACGGCGGGAAGGCCCCAGUCCCCAGCUCGGAGGUGCUGCUGAUCCUCGAGGAGCCACCGCCGCCGUCGCCGCAGCCCAGGGACGCGAGCCGGCAGCGUCUCAGCGACAUGAGCAUUUCCACCUCCUCGUCCGACUCGCUGGAGCUGGAGCGGAGCAUGCCGCUGUCCGGCUGCGAGGGGGACACGGCCAGCAGCCUGGAGGACGACGAGGGCGAGAGCGACCAGGAGGGCAUGGCCCCGCCGCUCAAGUCCAAGAAGAAGCGGACCGGCUCCUUCGUGCUGCCCAAGAUCGUCAAGUCCCAGCUGCGCAAGGUCAGCGGCGUGUUCAGCUCCUUCAUGACCCCCGAGAAGCGGAUGAUCAAGAGGAUCGCCGAGCUGUCCCGGGAUAAGCGGACUUACUUCGGCUGCCUGGUGCAGGACUACGUCAGCUUCCUCCAGGAGAACAAGGAAUGCCACGUUUCCAGCACCGACCUGCUGCAGACCGUCCGGCAGUUCAUGACCCAGGUGAAGAACUACCUGGCCCAGAGCUCGGAGCUGGAUCCCCCCAUCGAGUCGCUGAUUCCGGAGGACCAGAUAGAUUUGGUGCUGGAGAAGGCCAUGCACAAGUGCAUCCUGAAGCCCCUGAAGGGCCACAUCGAAGCCAUGCUGAAGGACUUCCACGCCGCCGAUGGCUCCUGGAAGCAGCUGAGGGAAAACCUGCAGCUCGUCCGGCAGCGGAGCCCUCAGGACCUGGGGGUCUUCGCCCCCACCCCCGACUUUGUGGACGUGGAGAAGAUCAAGGUCAAGUUCAUGACCAUGCAGAAGAUGUACUCCCCCGAAAAGAAAGUCCUGCUGCUGCUCCGAGUCUGCAAACUCAUUUACACUGUCAUGGAGAAUAACUCAGGGAGGAUGUACGGUGCGGACGACUUCUUGCCGGUGCUGACCUAUGUAGUAGCCCAGUGUGACAUACUGGAACUGGACACGGAAAUCGAGUACAUGAUGGAGCUGCUGGACCCGUCGCUACUGCAUGGAGAAGGUGGCUACUAUCUGACCAGCGCCUACGGAGCCAUCUCUUUGAUCAGGAAUUUCCAGGAGGAGCAGGCAGCCCGGCUACUGAGUUCGGAGACCAGAGACACCCUUCGGCAGUGGCACAAAAGAAGGACGACGAAUAGGUCCGUCCCCUCCGUGGACGACUUCCAGAACUACCUGCGCGUAGCGUUCCAGGAGGUGACCAGCGGCUGCACCGGGAAGACUCUACUCGUCCGGCCCUACAUCACCACCGAGGACGUCUGCCUGCUGUGUGCGGAAAAGUUCCGAGUGGACAAGCCCGAGGAGUACAGCCUCUUCCUCUUCGUCGACGAGACCUGGCAGCAGCUGACGGAGGACACUUACCCCCAAAAGAUCAAGGCCGAGCUGCACAGCCGCCCCCAACCCCAGGUCUUCCACUUCGUCUACAAGCGCAUCAGGAGCGAUCCGUACGGUGCCGUCUUCGGGGACGGGGAGGACGGCCGCCCCGCCUUGUAGGAAGCGACGGGGGGG